UGUAACGUGUGUCCCCGUGUGUCUUCAGGUGUAACGUGUGCGGUAAGGAGUUCUUUGAGAAGGCUUUGUUCAGGAGACACGUGAAGAAGGCGACUCAUGGGAAGAAAGGACGAGUGAAGCAGAACCUGGAGAGAGAGUGUGAGCAGUGUGGAAGGAAGUUCACCCAGCUGAGGGAGUACAGACGGCACGUCAACAACCACCAGGGAGUGAAGCCGUUCGAGUGCCUGACGUGCGGCGUUGCGUGGGCCGACGCCCGCUCCCUGAAGCGUCAUGUCCGCACGCACACGGGCGAGCGUCCAUACGUGUGCCCGAUGUGCCAGGAGGCGCACAUAGACGCCCGCACGCUGCGCAAGCACAUGGCCAAGUUCCACGGGGACAACCUGCCGGGUAAGAUCAUGCUGGAGAAGGACACGCUGCAGUUCCACAACCAGGGCACGCAGGUGGAGCACGCCGUCAGCAUCCUGGCCUCCGAGCUGCCGCCAGAGCUGCGUCCGGCACGCCCGCCGCCAUCUGAGGAGAUCGAGACGGUGCUGAUCACGGAGGAGACGGUGGAGGCCGUGGAGGCGGUGCAGGCCGCGCAGGCGGCGGGCGACGGCGCGGCGGCGACGCUGUCGGAUCAGGGCAUCAUGCAGGUGGUGAACUACGUCCUGGCCCAGCAGAGCCUCACCGACACCAAGAUGGAGGACGGGGCCGAGGUUGUCCAGACCGUGGAGGUGGAGGUGGCUCACGUGGCCGAGGUCGAGUAGACUCGCUGUGUACAAACGAAAUGUUACAGGAUGUACAAAAAAACAACUAUUUUUUAUUUUCUCUGUGAAUGUAAAUAUAUUUGAGAACCACGAGAGGAGAACGUGUUCUCAUGUUCUGUGUGAAUAAAUCAAUAAAUAGAGACUCAGAGGAUUCAUGAGGCGGAAACACACUCGGCUCUUUGAUCUGGAUCAAUGAAGUUCAUUCACUCAUUAACUCGUUCACUCGGGUUGUUUUUACUGGUAAAGACACAAUUACCAGCUUCACUCGCGGUGAUGAUCUAACUCAGCCAGCAUCAGAAAUACACGAGGGCAAAGGGCAAAACUGCCCCUAAGAAAUCUAAAAUGCCCCCAUAAUU